AAAUAAUAGAAAUAGAUGGAAAUUGAACUAGAAAUCGAAAUUUUUGAUGCUAACUGCAAAACUACUUUGUCCAUAGAUGAUACAGUGAGUUUGAAUGAACUAAUCGAAUUCAUUCAAACAUAACAUCCAUAGUAGAAUAUUCUAAUUAGUUUUUAGCAAAUUAACUGGAGUAGAAAUGAAUUGUAUCUAAAUUCAAGUCGGAGGCACAGGUCAAGUAAUUAAUCCUUCAAACAACACUCUUCAACAAGUCUUAGGAGGAUAGAAGAAGGCUAAACUCUAUAUCUAAAGAAAAUAGCAAUUCGCAAAUUCAAAUAGUUUUCAAGAAUACCCAUCUGGAAACUAGAAUCGACCGUAACAAAGAAAUCAAAUUGAUUAGACCAAUUCUCAAGCAAAAAAUUAACCUUAAGUAUUUACAACACUACCCUAAUAAUAAUAAUAAUAAUAAUAUGUACACAAUACUCAAUAAUCACAACAAUUGUAUUAUUAUUAUUUAACCUUAUUAGCAAUCUGAUUGUAAAAAAUGGACAAUAGUAAAUCUAGAUAUAAGUAUAUGAUAGUAUAACAAUUCAGGAUUUGAUCGAAGCUAGUUAGCAAAGUUUAGGUGUGGAUCCACGGUAUAUUUUAAAUUAUAAUGCUUAGCAAUUAUCAUCUUUACCAUGGCGUAACGAACUUAUCAUUGAUGAAUCCAUAAACUACUCUUAAAUAUUUAGGACUGCAAUACCUAACCUAAAUGGAUUGGAAAAUGAUAAGCCAAGUCAAUCAAUUUCAAACUAACUAGCAAAAUAACUAUAAUCAAAGACCUGUUUAAUAGUAUCUCUAAAGUCUUAAAUUAGGCCUAAUAUGAUUAAUUAAAGCCAUUUUUAGGGAUAAAACCUAGGAGGAUAAACCCAAUAUAAUCCACCAUAAAAUCAGCAAUAAAAUCAAUUUCAAUAUCAACAAUAAAAUCAAUAAAACAAUUUUCAAUAAACUAAUAUGGCCUAUUAAUAGCAAUAACAACACCUAUAAACAUAUUAAUAAUAACCAUAAUCAUAAUAAUAAAAUUAAUAAGGUCAAAUUGGAUAAUCAUAAGUCAAUAAUCCUUAAGGAAAUCCUUCUUAAUAAGUAGUUUAAAUUCCAGAUAAAUAAAUAACAAUCCACUUCGAGAUUUAGGAUGGAUAAAUUGUACGACAAUUCUCAACAAUUACAACUACUAAUAACACCCUAUUAUAAAUAUAGGAUGCAGUUUACCAAUAUUUAGGAAUUUCUAAGUAAAAGUCAUUCUUAUGUGUAGAGAUGCAGCUUCAGUUGAUCUUUUUGUUGGUGAAACACCACUAGGUGGAGGUAAACUUCCAUUAACAUUGAAAAUGUUGCAGUUGACCAAAGAAUUUUAGACAUUCAAAGUUAAGGUGAGAUGGGUUGGAGGAUGAUAAAUCAAAGCAUAAAAAUUUCUUAAAUAU